GCUGCAGUGUGAUUUGCGUCUGCGGAGAGCUGCAGUGUGAUUUGCGUCUGCGGACUGGUACUGUGUGAUUUGCGUCUCGGAGAGCUGCAGUGUGAUUUGCGUCUCGGAGAGCGGCAGUGUGAUUUGCGUCUCGGAGAGCGGCAGUGUGAUUUGCGUCUCGGAGAGCUGCAGUGUGAUUUGCGUCUCGGAGAGCUGCAGUGUGAUUUGCGUCUCGGAGAGCUGCAGUGUGAUUUGCGUCUGCGGAGAUGGGGCUCCUCAGCCUGCUCAUCGUGAGUCUGAUGAUCCGAGGCCAUCUGGCCCUCACUGUGGAGGAGUGUGGAUCGCACGCCAGGCGACCAGAAUACACAGACGUCUCGGUGGUCUGUGGGACCAGCUCCAUAGACCUUGCCAUCCUGAUGUGCCCGGUCGUGUACACGGGCUACAAUGAGAGCCUCCUGAUCCUCAACCACAUCUCGGACCAGGUGGGCUGCCGCGGCACGCUGGACGAGUCGGUCACACCGCCCGUGGUGCGCUUCAGCUUCCCCCUACGGCAACCAGACGCCUGCGGGAGCAACUUCCUGACCACCAGUGCUCCAGGGGAAGGGAUCUUUGGCGACUUCUCCAACAUCCAGUCAGUGAACAUCAGUGGCAUCGUCCGCUCGUACGACCCCACCGCCGGCACCGUCACCUACAACGCAGAGCUCAAGUACCUGUACUCCUGCGCUUACCCCCUAGAGUACCUGGUCAACAACACUCAAGUGGAUGUGUCCUCAUCCUCCAUAGCGGUGAAAGACAACAAUGGUAGUUUCAUCAGCACCCUGAGCAUGCAGCUGUUCAGAGAUGUGAACUACACCACCCCUCUCAUCAUCCCACCCAUGGGCAUAGAGCUGAGAACCGACAUCCACGUGCAGGUCAUCGCCGCAAACCUCACCUCCCAGUACUACGUGCUUCUGGAUCGGUGUUAUGCUUCCAUCUCAGCCCAGCCCGUCAACUCCACCUCCUUCAACCUCUUUGUCUCGUGCUCCGUCGACCAGAUGACCACCAUGACGGAGAAUGGGGACAGCCAGAAGGCCCGGUUCUCCUUCCCUGCGUUCCGCUUCAUAGAACAGCAGAACCAGAGCAUCUCCACGUACUACCUGCACUGCAUCACCAGGCUGUGUGAGAUGAGCACCUGCAGCCAGUUUAAGCAAUGUAACAGUGGCAGCGGCAGGAGACGCAGGAGUGCUGAGACCACCCCCAUCCAAGAUGGCCUCUCUGGUUCCACAUUCAUCACCUCCGUCCCCAUCAGGACCCGCACCGAGACCACGUCGUCUGGCGGCCGAGAUGGCGGUGAGCGCAGCGCCUCGGUCGGUCUGGGCAUCGCGGUGGGCGUCCUCGUCCUCGUCGGCGCCAUCGCUGGUCUCCUGGCACUGACUUUGUACCGGAGACUCAGGCGGCUAGGCUAA